AUGGUAACUGCUUCGGCUUCGUCGCUGGACGACAUUACGAAUGAAGAACUUCGCGGCUGGGUGGAACUUAUAAAGCAAAUACGAGCUACUGCCGACGCAAGCAUCAAGAAAGAGGAAGCAGAAGGCGUGUCCUUUGAUCAACGAGUCUUUGACGACUAUCCUUUCAUCAAGGCGCCCGCAUCGCAAGAUGCCAUCCAGCAACAGGAAGCGACGCUCCAAACGACGCUGCCAGAUGACUACAAGCAAUUCCUUCAGGUCACGAAUGGUACAGGAUGGACUGGUAUUGGCUGGAUUCCGUCGUUGUGUGGUGUUGAACAACUGCGGUGGGAACAAGCGGACGCUGUAGGAUUUGAAUCGCUGCGCGUGGAAACUUUCCCGCCCAGUGUGACGUCUCUAGGGGAGACGAUAUCGUUGACCAGCGAAGAGUUUGAUGAAGCUCCGCCGCUGGAGCGAGUAUUGAGGAUCAGCGAUGAAGAUGAGGAUACUAUUGUCUUCUUACUAGAGCCCGAGUAUGUACGAAAGACGUGGGUGUGGUUGGCUGGGAAGAGAGGGAUCGAAGUUAAAGAUGCGCCAGGCCAGUGGCUCUUAUUCGUGUUUGUACCUUGGAUGGCAAGCACCAAAGUGCAUCCCACUUUUGAAGGAUACAUGCGAACCAGAGUCAGAACCAUCAAGGCGUAA